GGCAACACGCCUCUUCUCACUCAGUUCUCUUGCUGUGGCAGUGUCUACACGGAUUCUCUUGUUAUUUACUGAGUACAUUCGAGUACCUCUCUUUUCAAUCUUUACAUCUUCAAUACUUUCUCAGAAACUAAAAGGAAAUGGCUGAUCUAGUAAAGCAGAACUACGCCCCUGAGUGCGAGGCCGCUGUCAACAAGCAAAUCAACUUGGAGUUCUACGCCAUGUACACCUAUCUCUCUAUGUCCAACUACUUUGACAGGUGGGAUGUGGCUCUCCCCGGCUUUUGCAAGUUCUUCAAGAAGUCUGGUGACGAGGAGAAGGAGCAUGCUGAAAAGUUCAUGAGCUUCCAAGUCAAGCGUGGCGGCAAAGUCAUUCUCAGUGACCUCAAGAAGCCAGCCAAGGACGACUGGGAGGGUCCCCUCGAAGCUAUGGAGGCUGCCCUUCAGCUGGAGCGUGAUGUCAACCAGGCCCUCCUUGACCUCCACGCCACUGCCGACAGGAACAACGAUUAUCAGAUGGCCGACUUCAUUGAGCAAAACUACCUUCAUGAGCAAGUGGAUGCUGCCAAGGAGAUCAGUGGCUACAUCACCCAGAUCAAGCGUUGUGGAACUGGCCAUGGUCUUUUCCACUUCGACAAGGAGCUCGGAGAGUAGACUCCCUCGUCACUACUGUUGGACUGAAAAACUGCUUGUAGUUUAGCUUUACUUUGUUUUUGAGCUUGAUUAUGUUAGAUUGUCAAGUUACUAAGUUUUACCCCCCUUCCCUAAAAAUGUCUGAUGAAACAUUGUGUUUGAGGCAACAAA